CCCGGCGGCGGCGGCGCCCCGAUGGCGGCGGCGGCGGCGGGGGCCGCGCUCCUCACGCACUCCGCCUUCUGGGACCCCACGGUCAGCGGCGACUGGGACAGCGAGCGGCCCAGCCCGGCCUGCCUGCUGCGGAUCAAACGGGAUAUCAUGUCCAUCUACAAGGAGCCGCCCCCAGGGAUGUUCGUGGUGCCUGACCCCCACGACAUGACCAAGGUGAGCAGCUUGGGGUCCCCAAAUCCGGGCUCUGGGGGCAUUCCCGGCUGGAAUAUCCCGGAUAUCAUGUCCAUCUACAAGGAGCCGCCCCCAGGGAUGUUCGUGGUGCCUGACCCCCACGACAUGACCAAGGGUCUGGGAACACCGCAGGCCGGGCCUGGGGUCUGCCUCAGCAUCCUGGGCACGUGGACAGGCCCGGCCUGGAGCCCGGCGCAGAGCAUCUCGUCAGUGCUGAUCUCCAUCCAGUCCCUGAUGACCGAGAACCCGUACCACAACGAGCCCGGCUUCGAGCAGGAGCGGCACCCCGGGGACAGCAAGAACUACAACGAGUGCAUCCGGCACGAGACCAUCCGCGUGGCCGUGUGUGACAUGCUGGAGGGGAAGUGUCCCUGCCCCGAGCCCCUCCGCGGCGUGAUGGAGAAAUCCUUCAUGGAGUACCUGGACUUCUACGAGGGCGUGUGCAAGGAGAGGCUGCACCUGCAGGGCCAGACCAUGCAGGACCCUUUCGGGGAGAAGCGCGGCCACUUCGACUACCAGGCGCUGCUGGGGCGGCUGCAGGCGCUGCGGGCGCGGCUGCAGGAGCGGCAGCAGCAGGACAGCGCCGACAUGGACUCGGAGAGCAGCUCCUCGGAGCCCGAGCCCGAGCCCCAGGGCUGCCCCAAGGCCUAGGAGGGCCCGGCCCGGCCCGGGACUGCAGCACAGCCAGGCCGGGGCGGGGAGAGCCGCGCUCCUCCCUCCCUCCCUCCCUCCCUCCAUCCCUCCCCCCGACCGCCAGGAGAGUUCCCCGAGGAUUCCCCGAGGAGAAUUCCCAAAAAAAGAGACAAAGCCCAGCUCGGGACAGGCUCCUCUUGGACAAAGGUACUUCCUGGCAUGUGGCAUCAGGUGGUUUUUUGGGGUUUUUUUGGAGAACGC